CGCUGACUGGUAAGGUCUAUUGACCUUGCGGAACAAAGCACGGUGUACGACGCUUAGACGUGCGACUUCCUGCGCGGGGGCUACCAAGACCAGCCACCAGCCACCAGCAAACACUUGGAACGCGCACACUCGCAGGCAUGAACGAGGCGCGAAUCCGGAAAAACUGGCCGUGCGAUGCGUCGCAUGUCAUGUGGCGAAACAACUGGCGGCGAGCGCUUCAAUGGGGCAUGGGCGUCACUUGCGACAAAUUUGUCAAGUUCACAAGGUCUCCGGAUGGUGUUGAGUUCGCGCGAUGCCAACGCGUCCGUGCGGCCCGAGGUCUGGGUGGAGCUUUAUGCAAGGUCUUGUCCGGAUCGGGCAGCAGCGCUCGAAAAAACAGGAAGUUGUUGACGCUUUGUUGUUUAGCGACGCGUUGGACUCGCGGGGGACCUUGCCUGGUGUGUUUAUGAAAUCGACCAACCGGCCAUUGUCGCGCGCACAACGGUGCGCUCAAGGGAUGCCGUCUGAGACUGUGCGACAGCAAGCAGAAAGAUGGGGCACAAGCAAGGCUGUCAGCACUGUGACGCCGGCAAUGAUGCAGGCUGUGGCUGAUGUGGAGCCCGGCCCGUUGCAAGAUGCCUGUCCGAACAGUCACUUUGGCGCGCUUGGAAGAGCCGAAGUGUCAGCGGUUGGGGUUUCCAUGGAAAUGAUUGUUGAGCACGACCACAUCGACACGGCUGCCGCCGAUGCAUGUUUGCCCCAGGCCAAGCAACAGCUUCCCGCCGUCGCAAGAAGGAUGCUGUCUGCGCGCUCUGUGCCGGCGUGCGUCACUUGGCGCGUGGGCUGGUGGAAUGCACAGCCAACCGUGUCCCCCCUAGUGCGACUGAGUGUUGCGGCAGUGCGGCACGGGCACGGUGGCCAUUCCUUUGAAACGGCUUCUGCACGAGAGGGCGAGGGAACAGCCAUUGCAGGCCUCAAGGCAGCGCGGCAGCGUAACUGCGUGCAGGUGCGAAUUUGAGCAACAGAUAGAUUAGCCGUGGGUAGCAAUUUCCUCAAACUCGGAGGAAGGAAGCUGGCACGUCCGAGCGUAUCUCUCCAUAUGGGAAACUCCAAUGAGUGGUGAAUUGGAGCUAGUGCAACCUAGUCUGUGCCGCGUAUCAUUUAAGACUGCCUCGCUCGCCGGCACACCCGCCUCCCAGCAACCGCCUUUCUCAUCAGAAACCAGCCCGCACCACAGUAAGUCGCCUUUCUCCACAUUGUAUGCCUCGGACGCGUGUGCACUCGACGCAUUGCGCUGGCAGUGUGCCUUUCCACCGCGCGGCCUCUCUCCGCUGCUGAUCAUUGUUGAUCUCCCGCUGACCUCGCUCGCUCGC